AUGUCGAGUUUGAUGGGCAUGAAAAUGAGCGCACUGCUUGUCGUUCUACUGUUUCUGUUUACUGUCCAUGUCUCCGCUCGAUAUCACCCCCAAGAUCCUGCGAAAAACAAUAAUGUUUUUAUAAGUAUGGAGCAAUUAGAUAACUGUGCAAACUGCAAGGGCAACGGUGAAGACCCAAGACCCUGCUGUUCGUCACCCUCGAAUAAGGCUGUUUUCUCACAACAGCUAGAUGACUGUCCGAAUUGUGAAAGCAAUGGUAGAGACCCAAGACCCUGCUGCCACCGCUCCAACAAGGUUGCUGGCAAAACCAAUAAUGUUCUUGCAGGCAUGGAGCAGUUAGCUGACUGUGCAAACUGCAAGGGUAACGGUGAAGACCCAAGACCCUGCUGUUCGUCACCCUCGAAUAAGGCUGUUUUCUCACAACAGCUAGAUGACUGUCCGGAUUGUGAAAGCAAUGGUAAGGACCCAAGACCGUGCUGCCACCCCUCCAAUAAGGUUGCUGGGAAAACCAAUAAUGUUCUUGCAGGCAUGGAGCAGUUAGCAGGCUGUGCGAACUGUGAGGGCAAUGGUGAAGACCCCAGACCCUGCUGCCACGCCUCCAACAAGGCUAUUUUCUCCGGAUAA